GGCAUGAUGCCACCCAGCAGCUCUUUUUAAGAGAAAAGCCAGGACCAGAGAAACAGCCACCCCUGAGCAUUGCCUUCUGUGCUGUUCUGUGGGACCUAGCUGCGGAGUCAGGCCAACAUGAGUGAGAGACAAAGUGCUGGAGCGACCAAUGGAAAAGACAAGACACCAGGAGAUAAUGAUGGGCAGAAGAAAGUCCAAGAAGAAUUCGACAUUGACAUGGAUGCACCAGAGACAGAGCGUGCGGCUGUGGCCAUCCAGUCUCAGUUCAGAAAAUUUCAGAAGAAAAAGGCCGGAUCACAGUCUUAGUGGGGAAGCUGCUUCCUAUUCCAUCUGAAGACACCAUGUUCAACCACCAUCCAUCGAGAGACGAAAAGAGCAAUACCCUAGAGAGGAGUCACCCACAGUACACACCCUGCUGAUAACCUCAUGCAUGUACAGAAACCUGUAGUAUGUAUGCCCCUAUAGAAAGGUGUACACAGUGAAAUUGUGAGUAGUUUAACCUGAUUAUCUCCAUUACGAUUCAUCUGCAACUAUUUUCCCUGAUGUUGUAAUAAAAAGGAGGUAAGAUGAGCGA